AUGAACUCUCGCGAGCAGUCUGACAUGCCUCCGGCGCCCUCUUACCCGUCUCCUAACGGUGCGCAGAUGGCCCAAGGUGUGCCCUCGUACUAUGGCAACCGCCAAAUGACCACCGACGAAUUGCUGUCCGCGGAACUUUCGCGCGAUGCCUCUGGUCCAGGUCUUGGCGAAACAAGCAACGGUGUUCAUCAUGGCCAGUCGAUGGUGCUGGGUUCCUCCAAUGCUGCCGACAUGGGUCGCACCUCUUCGGAGGAUCAACACCAGCACCAGCACAUGCUCCAGUUCCCUCCGAGUCAACAGGUUGGCGUCGACCCUAAUCACGACUUGAGCUACGGCGAACAAAGUGCGCGCAAACGAUCGAAGAUCUCAAGGGCUUGCGACGAGUGUCGGCGAAAGAAAGUCCGAUGCGAUGCGAGCUCCGAAACCGGCCUUGAAACUUGCUCCAACUGCAGACGCCUCGGUGUCGUGUGCCAGUUCAGUCGCGUCCCGAUGAAGCGUGGCCCCAGUAAAGGUUAUAUCAAAGAACUCGCCGAGCGACUCCAUACCCUAGAAAACCAGAUGCAACCGGGGAUAGUCCAGCCUGAUGUGCCAUACCAGUCCAUGAACGAGGUGUCGGGGCUACCAAGAGGGUACCAGGAUUUCGCAUCGCCGGUGGAAUCAACCUCGGGCAAUCGCAAGAGGACUUACUCAGUCUUCGAAGGUCUCCCUAGUUCCUCGUUCGCGCAGCCUUCUUUCAACGCCCGCGUAUCGCAGAAUGCCUUCGACACGUCUGAGACAGCGGCAGACCCGUACAACCCAGCCGUCGCCAGUGGUAGCGCACCGAAACCUGGUAAUCUGUUCUGGAACCCGACGGGCGAUGAGAACGAUCUCCCCAGCGGCCUUGAGAUGGCGGAUUUGCCAAAGCAUGACGGUGAUGAUGACAUGACACCAGUGACUCUGGACGAAGGGGCUCUUGAUGCCUAUUAUCAUAAGAUCCACACCCUUCUGCCGAUUCUUCCCCACACCAAGGAGCGAACAUUGGAGCUUUUGCACCAAUGCAAUCGCGAGGCACAGGAAAUUUUCUGCCAUGCGUUGUACAGCGUCACUCGAACUGACAUGUCUCGCGUGGCGGGCAAUUUCGAGAAGAUUAAUGGCUUUGAUAAUGCUCAGGAUCUCCUCAUGUUCCACACCCGCCAGCCAUUGAUUGUCCACACGACCCCUGUCAACCUUAUCUGGCUUCAGUCUCUUUUGCUGAUGAUUAUCGACUGUGACACUCGUGGACCGGAUAAUUUCGUUCUGAAAGAUGGUGUCCCCAAGGGCAGCCUGGUCCAAGCAGCCAACAAGCUCGGAUAUGAUUUGGCCAAGAGCCAAGGCCAGCUGAAGAACAAGCGAUCUGUGGAUCCUGAUGUCGACUCGGAUGCCAAUCUCACCCGGCGCAACUGGGUGUCUCUGGUCAUCUUGGCCCGGUGGUACGCUAUCAGUGUAGCAGAUGCCACCGUCCUGGGUGGUCAUGAGAUUGGCGGCCGUGAAGAUGAAAGGGUGGUGGGUCAAAUCACAACCGGAAUUGCGUCUUACUCGACAUUCCUCUCGGAGAUGGUCACUCUGGCUAAUGUCGACCACAACGUUUGCCAGACUAACUCCGGCCUGGGUCGCAUCAUCGGCGCGAACCUAGUAUCGUCCCUGGAGCGUCUAGCGGAGAUGAAGGACAUAUUCCAGAUCCACGAGCUACCCGAGAACUCUACCACUCGCCCACUUUACGAGAGCCUCCAAGCACAACUCUACUGGACCGUCCGUUUGCUCAUCAAGCGCCACGUCUUCGUAUACAGUCCGUACGAAAUCAUCUUCUGCGCACAGGAGGUAAUCAACGAGAUGCACAAGUCAACCAUGCAAUCCCGCCUCCCAUCACCCUUCGACCUGCACAGUCUCGCCCUCGCCUCAAUGACUCUUCUCGAGGCGACCGUCCUCCCAGAACACGCAAACGAAUGCUGGGCGACCCUGGAAAAAGUCGAAGAGAUCCUCGACCGCCGCUCCAAGCGCGCAGCAGAGGGCUCCGAAUUCGACAAUAUCUUCGGCACCCCGGAAUGGGACGCCAAGAUCCGCAUAUUCCUCGAGUGGCGCCGUAUCAAGUCCCAGGAGACCCAGCUACAGGAAGCUGAGAUCGGCGGUCUCGCCAAGUCCCAGCAGCCUGUGAUGGGCCCCAAUGAGCAGCGUUCUCUCCAGCACCUUGCUGAUCUUGCUGUAGGCGCUGAGGGCUCUGGCGAAGCGGAGCAGAAUCUUGCUCCUCAGUUGACCCAGUCGCAGGGCGGGUCGGGUCGUGUUGUUGUUGAUUUCACUAUGCUCACUAAGGAGGGUUAUCUGAAUGUCUUCUCUGGGUUGAUCUACCGUCGCACACGUUAG